UCAUAUAUUAUUAUUUUUUUAAAAAAUAAAAAAAAAAUGUUUUUAGUUGAUUAUUAUUAACAAAAUAUAAACAAAAACGAAUAGAUUUAAGAAAACUUAAUCAUGCAUUAAAUAUAAAAAAAAAGCAAUUUUUAAUAGAAUUAUUUAACUUUAAACUAAAAGCCAGGAUAAGACUAUAAUUAUGGUUAAUUUUAUGAAUUAAAUAUUGAAAAAUUAGAGAUUAUAAAAUAGGAAAAAGAAUUAAAGAAAAAUAAGUUAAAAUCAGUAUAAUCUGAAAACAAAUAAUCACAAAACUAAGAUACUUUUAUUAAAGAAGAAGAAGAAUAAUAACUUUAAAUGUAAAAAGAAUACACAGAUAUAAAUCAAUUAUGAACUUAUGAUUUAUUUAAAAAAAAAAUAAAAAACAAUAUUUAUAGUAAUAUACCCUAGACCAACCCAAAAAAAACACUAUAAUCGACGAAAUGUACCAAAAUUCCGAUUCUUCCGUCGAAAAUACAAUAAAAAAUGAAGAAAAAGACAAAGAAACACCUCAAGAAGACUAAAAAACAUAAAUAAAAUCAUAUAUAUAGGAAAUAACCUUUAAAACAUCAACUGAGGAUAAAAAAAGAUUCUUCUAUUAACCAAUAUAAAAAGGAAAAACUAUUUAAAUGACUAUAAGACGUUAAAAAGGUAUUUUUGGCGCAUUUUAAACUAUAUAUAAUCUUUAUAUGUCUUAUUAAAAUUAAUAGUUUUUACUUUCAGCAAAAAAACGAUAAAAACACUACUAUAUGAUUUAAAUGAACCCUAAUUAUUUUAGUAAAAAAUCUACAGAUUAUAUAGGAAAAAUAAAGGGUAAUUCUUCAAAAAUAUAAUAUAUUAUAUACGAUAAUGGGGAAAAUCCGAAAAAAUGUAUUCUUUAGGAAAAAAUAAGAGAAGAAUGGGGAAUUGUACAAUAAUUUUAUGAUGAAAAUAAAUAAAUUUAAAUAAAAUUUAUUAUUCCAGGUAUAUAAAAUGAUUAUUAAUAAUAUAAUUUAAAGAAAUAAAGCCUAAUAGAGGCAUAAAAUUAAAACAAAGACAAUUUUAUUUAGCUUUUUAAAAAAAAAUAACCCUGGUAUGAUAAUUUUUAAAAUUUUGUUAAAGAUUACAAUGGAAGAGCAAGUAUAGGAAGUGUUAAAAAUAUGCAAAUUUAUAUGGAAAAUGAUUUAAAUAAUAUCGUAUUGUAAAUUGGAAAAGAUAAAGAAAAUGAGUUUAAUAUAGAUGUUAAAUAUCCUUUUUCAAUUUUUUAGGCUUAUGCUAUUGCUUUAUAUUAAUUUGAUUUUACAGCAUAGAUAUGAAAUAAAAUAUAAAUAAAUAUAAUUUAAAACAAAAAGAUAUGAUUUUAAAUUUAAAUGUUUAAAAAAUAAAUAAUAUGAAAAUUAAAAUUUAUAUAUU